CAAAAAAUGAAGAGGUUCCUGUGUGGCCCUGGACAGCACUCUGCUGACAAGGCUCUUUGCAUCUUGGUGGUUGCUGCUCAUCUUUUCUUCCUUUCAGAAACACGGGAUCUGCAUGAAGAACGACUGGAUUUACUAGGAAGAAAUGAUAAAUAUGUAUCCCUGGUCAACUUCAGCAUCCCUCAGCUCUGUCAGUUCACAGUGUGCAUUGACCUAAACCGGACAGCCAAUGUCAGCUCGUGGGCAGCAUUUUCCUACGACACUAACACCACCUCCACUGACAUAAAUGACUUAGAACUCGGGCUCUCUGGAGAAAACAAGCACCUGAGACUGUAUCUUUUUGGCACCAAACGAGACAUUGAGAUUGACCUGGCCCUUUUUGUGUGGUAUAGUGUAUGCUGCUCAUGGGACUCUGGGAAACAGCUGCUGGAGGUCUACUGCAAUGGGAACCUCGUGCACAGCGAAGCCCUGGGCAGCGCAGGGUGCCUGAAGCCCAACGGCAGCCUCGUGCUGGGCCACCUGCACAAGAGAAGGGAUGGCUUCAUCGUGAGGAUCAGCAACAGCUUCAUCGGCAGCUUGUACUACUUCCAGCUGUGGGACCGUGUGCUGGCUCAGGAAGAGCUGCUGGGCUGUGCCAUGGGCAGCACUGUCAGCUGGAAGGAGGAGUACUGGAAUUUCAGCGGCGUCCUCCCCGUCGUGGACCAUCGGCUGCGCUGCGCAGGCUUGAGGAAAGCAUCAUCAACAAGGGCUCCUACACUGCCCCCUUUACCUCUGACCAGUAGUACCAAUGGUGUUGUUCCAGUCACCUUCUUUAAUGUCCAUAUGAACUUUUCUCUUUUCUACAAAACCAAGAGAGCUCCUGAUUACUACGAUGCAAGGAGGCUUCUUGAACACUGGUUUAGUAUAAUCUUUAUCGGAGAAGAAUUUGUUGUGACAAACUUUAAAAUCAGGGGUAAUUAUCUACAAAGCAGUGCCUAUAGGAGGACUCGUGGGAAGGUAAAGCGGAUGUCACAAAGCUACAUCUGUAAGGCAAUUAUAAAGGCCACCUCUCUGGAAAUACAAGAAGUGCUGAGUCUCAGGAUCAAACAGCUGUUGAAUGGCACAUACAAAGAGGGACCAUUAUCCUUGUGUGUCAAACCUGAAGAUGUGGCUGUGAAGUCAAUAGCACUGAUGGAUUGUCCGGAAAGCUUCUCACACACAAGGUACAAGGGGAGUUAUUCCUGGCCACUAACAAGUCCAGGCUCCGAAGCAGAGGUCAGCUGCAGGAAAAACCCUCUGCAGUCUGCUCAGAGGAGCUGUGCAAUUAGUAUUGAACUAGAGCAAACUUUUUGGAAGGAACCAAACAUGACUAAAUGUAAACUACUGGAAAAACUUCCAAAUAAUAUUUUAGGCCUCCAAGAUAUCACGGUAACAGAAGAGAAUGCAGAAGAUGUUAUAGAUCACAUUUUAUACCUCUUGCCAAAUGCAACACUGCAUGUGGAAGAAUUAGAAAUCAUUGCAAGUAAAAUUUCUGGUAUUGUACAGCUUGCAGAUGUGAGUGUGACACUUGCAAAGGCUGCAUUGUCUAUACUAGACUAUAUUUCACUGCAAGAAAUAGAAGAUCAGAACAUUAGAAAAAUAACCAAUACUAUCCUGCAGACAACUGAGGAGAUAGGCUACAAGGUGACUUGUGCAGACAGAAAUACGUCGGUCAUAACCAAUUCCUCGGCUCUGUUGGUGUUGCGUCCAGAUCCCAGCACGUUUGGAGGACUGGCCUUUGGCAUUACCUCCUACAACAGAGGUGUGGAUCUCCAGAUCAAUGUGCAAGAAAACCCUUUCAAAAAUGCCUUGGCCUCAGUGUUUUUGCCAAAAUCCCUGAAGAAAUUCCUAGGGAUCGAGCACUGUGACCCAGACAAGCAUUCGAAGAUCCAGUUUAAGUUUUUUGGCACUACUUCACUUUUCGCGGAUGACAGUUUAACGAUGAAGAAGUUGAACACUUUUGUUGUGAGUGCCAGUGUUGAAAAUGCAUCAAUUCAGAACCUUAAAGAGCCUGUGACUGUCACUCUUCGGCACAUAGACCAGAAUACGGGCAAUGCAGCAGUGCACUGCGUCUUCUGGGACUUUGGGAGGAACAAUGGACUGGGUGGUUGGAAUACAUCAGGGUGUGAAAUGGAAUAUACAGAUAUGAAUUACACAAUCUGUUUUUGUAACCAUCUUACCCAUUUUGGAGUCCUACUGGACUUGGCCCGGACAGAAAUAGAUGUCACACAUGAUCAUAUAUUAACUGUGAUAAGCUAUGCAGGAUGUGGUGCUUCUUCCCUUUUUUUGGGAAUAACGCUGGUGACAUAUUUAACCCUUGAGAAGCUGCGGAGAGACAAUCCUUCAAAAAUCCUGCUCAACCUUUGUGCUGCACUGCUGAUGCUGAACAUGGUCUUCCUCACCAAUUCCUGGCUGUCCUCAUUCAACCAGCCAGACCUCUGCAUCACCAUGGCCAUGCUCCUUCACUAUUUCCUUCUUUCAGCUUUCACGUGGAUGUGCCUGGAGUCUGUUCACUUUUACUUGGCUCUUGUCAAAGUUUUCAAUGUUUAUGUCCCAAAGUACAUCCUAAAAUGCUGCAUUGCUGGCUGGGGAAUACCAGCUAUUGUAAUUAUUCUUGUGCUCAUUAUAAACAAAGACUUCUAUGGCAAUGGGUCGCACUCUGAGAACAAUCCUUACAGCAAUUUCUGCUGGAUUCAGGACAGUGGAGUGUUCUACAUCUCUGUUGUGGCCUAUUUCUUCUUGAUAUUUUUGACAAAUACAGCCAUGUUCAUCACUGUUCUCCUCCAAAUCCACUCUGUGAAGACAAGGACACAAAAGAGAUCCAGAUUCUUCAAGCGGAGUGUUCUCCAAGACCUCAAAAGUGCUUUCAGCUUGAUGUUCCUUUUGGGCUUAACUUGGGGCUUUGUCUUUUUUGCCUGGGGAGAAGUGAGGAUAUUUUUCUUGUAUCUUUUCAGCAUUUUUAACACCUUGCAAGGGUUCUUUAUCUUUGUGUUUCACUGCCUAAUGAAGGAUGAGGUAGUGAAGCAGUGCCGAGUACACUUCUGCUGGGGAAGAUUCCGUCUGAGUAACUAUUCUGACUGGAGUGGGUCAGGUGCAACUGCAGGAUCUACACCAAAGCAUUUAAACCGCAAAUCACCAUCCCAGGCUUUGCAGAGUCUAAAUUCUAAUGGAACAAGUUCAACUUCCAAUGGUUCAGAUUUCCUUCCCAGGUCUUCUCCAGAUAGGAAUUUUAAGAUUGCUGAAGUCCAUUACAACCCCAGUGCUGUAUCUCCAGAAGAUGGUGAGACCAAACAUCCUUGUUCACAAAGAACACUAACCAUGGAUACAGCACUGCACUAUCCACAGAAAGCAGGAUUUUUACACUGAUACUGAAUUUGUUUUCUUCUGAUUAUCUAGUGAUGGUUCUCCUCUGUGUAUGAAAACAAGCAUUGUUCAAAUAAUUACUUCUAAUGUACAGUUAUCACUCUGGACACAGUUAUCCCAUGACUCAACUCUAGGCUUCAGUGGAAUUUCAAUCCUGACCACACAAGGAUUUGCUGCCCCCAUGUUUCCAAGAUUAGUCCUCAUGUUAAACAGGGACUGGAAACAUUCUCUCCCUCAUCAUUAGUCCCUCCCAUAGUUCAUCUUUUUUUUACCCUUUACACCCUCCUGCCAUUUCUCUGUUUUCUUCUUCAUCUGAUACUUAUUGUCAGAGCCUAACACACAUAAUACUGAGUUUCAAGUGAUAUUUUUUAGCCUGCUGGUUGACUGCCUCAGGCACAGACAUAUCUUUCCUUACUUUUUCUGAAAUGGAGUUUGACCAACUCGGACAUCAAGAAGUUGGACUCAGCCUCCAAGAUGUAUGUUUUUAUUUUCACAUGUGCUGGCUCUGAUGAUCUGGUUUUAGAUCUCUAAAGAGAUGUAGAUGCAUGUUUAAAUGUUUGAAAAUGUUGCCCAGUACCUUCAAAUGGAAUGUGGAAACAAUAAAAACUGAAAUUCCCACGUCUAA